AUGUCAUCGACGCCCAGUUCUGCUUCCAACAAUUCCGGCCCCGCCGUUGGCGUCGCCGGCAGCGGCGGCGGCCGCACCACCUUGAAGUCGCCGCUCAUCGGCAUGCCUGCCCAGGAGCGGAAGGCGCUCGUCGACAACACCGACAAGCUCACCAUCGUCUGGACCGACGCCGACACGUCCCAGACCUUCUUCAUCUCGGACGUCCCGAAGCGCAUGCUCAUGCUCUUCAGCCCGGCCGCCGCCCGCUUCUUCCGCUCUGCCCGCGACGCGAACAACAACGGCACCGCCGCCAACAAGCCGCAGCAGAAGAACAAGCAGCCCAUCUACGACCUCGGCACCGUCGCGCAGCUCGCUCCGAGUGCCAUCAAGUACGUCAUCUCCGCGCUCGUCAGCGCCUGCCGCAUGCCCGACCACGACGACAACAGCGUCGACAGCAACGGCGACAACAACACCAACAACUCCACCGCGGCGUUCGUCAACCCCGACACCGCCUUCAUGCCACCCGCCUACCCAGAACCCUACGUCCUCCGCCACCUCAAGUGCUUCGUCGCGGCGCAGAAGCUGGGCGUGCGCUGCGUGCGCUACGCGUGGCGCGGCGCCAUCAUGGACGCGGUGCGGGCGGCCAACGUCACGGCCGACGAGUUCGUCUACAUGCACCGCGCGUUCGGCGAGGAGGGCGAGCCGCUGCUGCUGCGCCACGUGCUGCACGUCGUCGCGUACGCCGAGCUGACGGACGAGGAGGAGCACCCGGAGACGCUCAAGAUCAACAGGUACGUGUACGGUAGUCAGCCCAGCCUGGCGCCGGUCAAGAAGGCGGUGGAGGUGGAGGUGGAGAGGAAGUUGGUCGCGCGGGAGGAGGAGAGGGCGAGGAGGCAGGCGGGGUGGGAGGAGAGGGAGAGGGCGAGGAAGGAGUGGGCGGGGAGGAAGGAGAGGAGGGAGGUGGAGGAGGAGGAGAUGCAGAAGAAGGACGCUGAGCAGCUGUUGCAGAAGAAGAAGGGGGGAAAGAAGCUGACGAAGCGUGAGCGUUUGGCCAAGAAGCAGGAGAAGAUGGAGCAGGCGAGGAAUGGAGAGAGGGCUCUCACUGACAAGGAAGUCGAGGCUAUGGGCAAGCACCAUGGUCCCAACACGGCCACUGUGUUGAACAAGCUUCGCUAA